AUGUCCAAUCCGAGCCCGAGCAAUAAGCCGUCCGACCCCGGCAAUCCGCGGGUGUUCUUUGAUAUAGAUGUUGGAGGGGAGCCAGUUGGUCGUGUUGUGCUGGAACUGUUUGCAGAUGUUGUUCCUAAAACAGCGGAGAACUUCCGAGCUCUGUGCACUGGGGAGAAAGGUAUAGGGAAGACAACAGGAAAGCCUCUGCAUUUCAAAGGAUGCCCUUUCCAUAGGAUUAUCAAAAAAUUCAUGAUUCAGGGUGGAGAUUUCUCAAACCAAGAUGGAACUGGUGGCGAAAGUAUAUAUGGAGAGAAGUUUGAAGAUGAAAACUUUCUUUAUAAGCAUGACAGGGAAGGCUUGCUCAGUAUGGCUAAUGCAGGACCAAACACCAAUGGCUCUCAGUUCUUCAUCACAACUGUGACGACACCCCACUUGGAUGGGAAACAUGUUGUAUUUGGCCAAGUGCUUAAAGGGUAUGGCAUUGUAAAAAUGCUGGAAAAUAUUGAACUUCAGGGUGAACAGCCUAAGAAGCCAUGUGUAAUAGCAGAAUGUGGAGAUUUCAAAGAUGGAGAUGAGUUGGUCAUGGCUCCUUCAGAUGGUUCUGGUGACAUUCAUCCUGACUUCCCAGAGGACUCUGAUGUUGAAUUAAAUGAUGUUGAAAAAAUUGUCAGUAUUGCUGAAGAUGUCAAGAACAUUGGGAAUAGUUUAUUCAAGUGCCAGAACUGGGAGAUGGCAAUAAAGAAAUAUAAUAAAGCUCUAAGAUAUGUAGAGAGCUGUAAAGAUGUCACCGGAGAUGACAACAUUUCAAAGUUAAAUCCUAUUGCUGUAAGCUGUAAUCUGAAUAUUGGAGCUUGUAAGCUGAAAAUGUCUGAUUUCAGAGCUGCAAUCGAAAGCUGCAAAGAGGCUCUUGAAAUCGAUCCCUCUAACACAAAGGCUCUUUAUAGACGGGCCCAAGGUUGGCAGGGAUUGAAAGACUAUGAACAAGCACUGGAGGAUCUUAAAAAGGCACAUGAGUUUUCCCCAGAGGAUAAAGCUAUCAGCAGUGAAAUCCUUCGGGUCAAGCACAGAAUCAAAGAACAGAAGGAAAAAGAAAGAGCUGUCUAUGCAAAAAUGUUUGCAUAA